AUGAGCGAAGACUUUGAGUCUCGGGAGACACUGGAGGCCAAUAAUUUACACAUGGAAAUUCGGAACCCUUCAGAUGCUCUACAAAUCCUAGCACAUGCGAGAGAUAGUACCGAUGGACAGGGUCGUAGCGAAAAGCAGUGGCGUACGGCCGAUGCCGAUACGCCUUCAAAUCCAAGUCUCUCUCAAAAACAAUCUCAUUCGCCAUUUACGAUGGCUUCAGUUAAUUCGGGGAAUCGUACGAAUCCCAGGGGAACUACUCAAGAGAAUGACGAAGCGUCUACUGUACUACUGGAUGAUUACGAACUCGUGCAGCGGGGACUAUUACACCCCAGUGUUCUACCCAAGUUGCUUCAUUUUUACGCACGGAACUACCAUCCAUAUUGUCCUAUUGUUCCACCGUAUAUGCUAGGUCCGGAGGCCAUGACUAAAAUUCGAAGGUCGGACUACUUUCUCCUCACUGCCAUCCUUGCAGUUGCCUCAAGGGAUAUGCCCGCACAUGUUUUAGUCCAUCGGUACUGCUGGGACCAUGCUCAGCGGCUGCUUCUAGAGGUUUUAUUAGCCCACUCGUGGGCACAGACGCCCAGGACAGUACAAGCCAUACUACUACUUGCCGAAUGGAUUCCAUAUCAGAUGAAACAGGAUGUCACAGAAAGCCCCAAGAGCCUGCUUGGUGAGGACCGAUCUGCGUGGUCCCUUAUUGGCCUCGCUGUGCGACAAGGUUACCUUUUACGGUUGGAUCGUGCUGCCUUUCCUUCCGCAGGAUCAACAGAGUGCCGUAAAGCUUCUGAGAUAGAAGAAGAAAACCGUUUGAUUUGGACGUAUAUUUAUCUAAUAGAGAGACAAAUUUCUGUACGAAUGGGGCAGUCGUUCUGGUCUCGCGGCCCGUCUCUAUCUUCGAAACUCACGAAUGAAGAUUUCCCAAAUCUCAAAUCCCUACCAGGAAUGGGAGAAGAAGAUCUUGCUUCUGCGUUGCAAGCUAAAACUGAGCUGACACAGAUCUUAUACAACGCACAUGGGAUUCUGUAUUCUUCGACGGAGAGGACUUUAGCUAUGGUUAACGACGGUGAUUAUGCAAGGUAUUUGGACGACUUUCAGCGAUCGACUACAAACUGGUAUGCAGCAUGGAAUGGGGGUAAAUUUUCAUCUAACGUCAAAGCCACUCUUCUCCUCUUGUAUGAGUAUGUGUGCUUAUACGUCAACGCAUUUUCAUUCCAAGCCGUGCUUACAAGAGCCUCGGGCGCAUGCUCUCAACAUAGAGAGGCCACCGCUGGCAAAGGCGUCUCUUCGGUAGCUCCGUUCUCAGGGGGUCUCAUGUCCUCACCAGAUGGCCCGUAUGUGUAUGAGGCAAUCAGCUGUGCAAGGAAGAUUCUAGGUUUAAUGAAUCAGCUCCAUCCUAGAAAUACUCUUCGCUUCUUACCGACUCGGUUUUAUCUGUACGGUGUGUACGCCGCCGUUUUCUUGUAUAAGGCUCAGUGCGCAGGCGCGUUUCAAUCAGUCGCCCAGAGGCGGGAGAACUCAAAAUUAGCGGAGAGAUUUAUCUCGAAAUUGGAGCAAAUCUCUCAGGAUGAAUUGCACCUCUGCCGCCGAUACAGUGUAAUGCUGGGAAGAAUAUGGCGAUCUCCAGACUCUCAACGGCUAUUCCAUGACGGCACUGUCUCACGAACCCCACCGGCAAGUCACGACGUUCCUGCUACUGUUGACUCGAAUAGUAACAUCAUUUCUAUGGGGGACGAAACAAAUUCCCAGAUGUCAUGGCCUACAGAUAGAGGACAAAAUCACUGGAACUAUGUCCUAAACGAUUGGGACCAAAGAGCCGUUGACACAAUGCAGUACAAUACUGAUGCCGCGGCAAUGACAGACAUAGAGGGAUAUUUUCUUGGGUCGUUCUUCCCCGGAGUCACUGACGUUGAUUUUCAACACGGACUUGGGGAGAUGGGAUUAUGA